AGGGCCCCGUCUUCCGGCGCUCGCUGGAGUCGGCGGUGAUUGUGGCCGCCGCCGCCACCGCCCAGGCUGCCGUCUCCUCCUCCGGGGCCGCCGCCUCCUCCUCCUCCUCCUCUUCCUCCUCCUCCUCCUGGGCCGGGCCGAUCCCCUCCCCGCCGCCGCCUCCUCCUGGGCUGGGCCCGCGGUGUCUCGUCCCCUCACCGGGCCGCUCCCGCCGCCGCCGCCGCCUCCUCCUCAUUCAUCCCCGUGCACCAUAGGCGGCACAGGCACCAAGAUGUCCAACCGAGUGGUCUGCCGGGAAGCCAGCCACGCCGGGAGCUGGUACACAGCCUCAGGACCGCAGCUGAAUGCACAACUAGAAGGUUGGCUUUCACAAGUACAGUCUACAAAAAGACCUGCUAGAGCCAUUAUUGCACCCCAUGCAGGAUACACGUACUGUGGGUCUUGUGCUGCCCAUGCUUACAAACAAGUGGAUCCAUCUAUUACACGGAGAGUUUUCAUCCUUGGGCCUUCUCAUCACGUGCCCCUCUCUCGAUGUGCACUUUCCAGUGUGGACAUAUAUAGGACACCUCUCUAUGACCUUCGUAUUGACCAAAAGAUUUACGGAGAGCUAUGGAAGACAGGGAUGUUUGAACGCAUGUCCCUACAGACUGAUGAAGAUGAACACAGUAUUGAAAUGCAUUUGCCUUACACAGCUAAAGCCAUGGAAAGCCAUAAGGAUGAGUUUACCAUUAUUCCUGUACUGGUUGGAGCUCUGAGUGAGUCAAAAGAACAGGAAUUCGGAAAACUCUUCAGUAAAUAUCUAGCGGAUCCUAGUAAUCUCUUUGUGGUUUCUUCUGAUUUCUGCCAUUGGGGUCAAAGGUUCCGUUACAGUUACUAUGAUGAAUCCCAGGGGGAGAUUUAUAGAUCCAUUGAACAUCUAGAUAAAAUGGGUAUGAGUAUUAUAGAACAAUUAGAUCCUGUAUCUUUUAGCAAUUACUUGAAGAAAUACCAUAAUACUAUAUGUGGAAGACAUCCUAUUGGGGUGUUAUUAAAUGCUAUCACAGAACUCCAGAAGAAUGGGAUGAAUAUGAGCUUUUCCUUUUUGAAUUAUGCCCAGUCCAGCCAGUGUAGAAACUGGCAAGACAGUUCAGUGAGUUACGCGGCUGGAGCACUCACGGUCCACUGAAACUGAAUCCUCAGGGAUGCCACCUGCACAUACUCAUGUUCUGCCCGGGUCCCAGCCCAGCCCUUACCGAGACAUUGGUUUUGGUUGGGGGGAUUCUGAAACCUCAAACUAAUAGAACUUUCUUCUCUUCUUUUCUAGUAGGUGUAGUCCUUCUUAAUUUCAACUCAUUAAGUAAAUGCUUUAUAGUUUUGGGCAGUGGAAUGAAGGCUGGCAUCAAAAAAUAUUUUGAUUAAAAGAGACGUCAAUGUAAAGGCCAAAUUGUGGCAGUUUUUUGGAAGUGACUUGUAAAGCAUUUAUCAUAUCCUAAAUUUGCACUCUUUGCAGACUUGUGCACAUAUACUCCGCUUUCAAAUAGUUUUGCAAAUUGUACACAAACAAACAAAAUAAGGGUGGAAGCUUUUUAAUAAAGAAUUGCAUUUAUAAAUGAUCUGUAUUAGAAUACAAUAAACCCCAGUUAGUAGACAAUUACUACCCAUGUUGUACAACAGAUACCUUCUAUUUUAGUUGCUAAUAAAGGGCUACACAACUCAAAAUAGUCUGAUUUAAACUUAUUGCUCUGUGGUAUAUAUGAAAUUUGUUUUUUAAAAAAUUAAUUCCAUUUCAGAAUUUUUGUUAAAAUGGUAAGCCUCAGCUCUAUGUAAAAAUAUAUUUAGGAUGUAUUUUAUAUUUUGCAUAUUAUGUGAUUUUUUUAAUCACAGAAAUCAAUAUGAUUUUAUAAUUAACUUUAAAAAUUAUAUUUGUUUGCCUUUGUGUGUGACAUUCCCCAUGUCAUUACAGUAUUUGGUAGACUAUGGAUUGAAGAAUGGUAAAAGACAUAGAUCAGUCCUUUACUUCAGAGAUGAUAUCUGAUAGUCUGCAAAUGAAGAAACAUUGAAGAGUGUUGCUAGUAUUUUUCAAAUCUUUGCAGACCAUACACUGCUAUGAUUUUUUUUUAGUGCUCUGAGCAAUUUGACUUUUUUACUUGAAUUUUUAGCAAGAAAUCAUUUAACAACAGCAGCAAAACCCACUGGAUUUUCUGAUAGUCCUAUUUUUUUGGCCUGAUUUUUGGUGCGGCUCUUCCAACUAAAAUAAUGGUAUGGUGUUGUAUUUAUUUCUUUAACAUAGAUCAAUUCUAGUCACUUUGGCAAAAAACAAAAUGUAAUUCAGUCAGUUAAGCCUCCAUGCAUGUUGUGUAUUAUACCUAUUUUAACAGGACACUGGUUAUCUGUAUUUCAUUGGAGGGUGGUUAUAUCUUCAAUGUUAUGACAAUAGCACAACUUUAGAUGCCUUGCACCAAUUCUAUUUAAAGAUUUGCCUUUCUUAUUAUCAAUUUUCUAUACUUAAGAAUGAGAUAAAAUUACCUUUUAGAUUCAAAAUUACCCACGUAUAUGUGUAGAAACUAUACUGUUACACAUCAAUUAUUUAUUCAGAUAUACUUUUGAGUAUAUCUAUUUAUUUAGAUAUACUUUGAGUACUAUAUGUUUUUAUUUUUUGCUUAAUAUAGACUAUAAAAAUUUAUGAAUUGUCAAGAGUGAAUUUUUUGAAUAAUGUUUUGAGUAUCAAACUAGCACAUGGGUAUUGUAGAAAAUUUGGAAAUACUGAAAAGUGUAAAGAAAAAAAAUUGUCUGCAAUUCUCACUACCCAGAGAUAACACUGUUAAAUAUUUUUUGUAUUUUCUUUCAGUGUUUGUCUACGCUAUUCAUGUGUAUGAGUGUGCUGUGUGUGUGAUAACAAAGUUAAGAUUAUACCAACCAUA